CCCCUCCCUCCCCGCCGCCCCGUUCUCGCUCUCCUCAUCCAUCCAUCCACGCUCGCUCUCCUACGCUGCUGACUGGAUGGAUGGUGCGUUAGGAGCGCACACAGGAUUGUACCGGGGGCUUCCCUUCUGUCUGGUGGAGACGGGCUGAGGAGGAGAGACCAGAAACCACUCCGAGGACCGUGCAGGACGGACUCCAGUCCGGAGAAACGGACGCGAGACUGGGGGGGAGCGAGAGGGGAGACGCGGGAGGUAAAGGGGCCAUUAGCGUUCCCUGUUGGCUGGAGUUAAUGAAAGCAGAUCCUCCAUCAUCUGAAGGCCUCCUUCCUCUCUUCCAGUGGGUGUCGUAGUGAGUGAGUGUGUAGCUUGUGCCCAGACGAGUCUUUAGUGUGUGUGUGUGUGUUUGCGUGUGUGUAUACUUCAAUUGCAGAGAUGGGCUCAGUGGGAGCGGAGCGCCGCAGGCCCACGCCGGUCCAGACGCCCGAGGAGAGGGAUGUGUGGAGGGAGGGAGGAAGAGCUGGAUGGAGGGAUGGGGGGAGGGAGGGCUGGAGAGAGGGAAGAGAGGGUGGCGUGGUGCAGAGCUACAGCUUCGACUCGUACCAGCUGGAGGAGGAGGAGAUCAGUAAAGAUGCCCCGGAGCGAGGAGUGCUGGCUCUGUCCGAGCCCGACUUUGAGGAGCCGAUCCCUGACGACCGUUACCAUGGCAUCUACUUUGCAAUGUUGUUGGCUGGAGUGGGCUUCCUGCUUCCCUACAACAGUUUCAUUACUGAUGUGGACUACCUGCACCACAAGUUUAAAGGGACGUCCAUCGUGUUUGACAUGAGUCUGACGUAUAUCCUGGUGGCUCUGUUGGCCGUCAUCCUCAACAACGUUCUGGUGGAGAGACUCAGCAUGCACACCAGAAUCACUGUGGGUUACGUCUUAGCACUCGGACCGCUGGUCUUUGUCAGUGUGUUUGAUGUGUUGCUGGCAAGUUUCACCACCAAGCAGGCUUACAUCGUCAACCUUGUGUCAGUGGCAGUGGUGGCCUUCGGAUGUACAGUGCAGCAGUCCAGUUUCUAUGGUUACAUGGGGAUGCUGCCGAAGAGGUACACACAAGGGGUGAUGACUGGAGAGAGUACAGCAGGGGUGAUCAUCUCCCUGUCGCGCAUCUUCACCAAGCUGCUGAUCGAAGACGAGAGGAGGAACACUCUCAUCUUCUUCCUCAUCUCCAUCAGCAUGGAGAUGCUGUGUUUCCUGCUUCACCUGGUCGUCCGCCGCUCCAGAUUCGUGCGUUACUACACCAGCCACACCCAGGGAAAAGGUCCGGGUAAAUGCCAAGACCCGCGUGACAACGGGACUGGAUACCGAGUUCACCAUGAUGUCACCGCAGAGGAAGUAAGAUUUGGAAAUGGUGGGACCGGGCCGUCCUCUACAGAUGAAGGCCCUGAGGAAAUGGCGAGCGGGAUGUAUGUACGAUUUGAUGCCCCAAAAGCCAAGAUAAGGAAGAGCUGGCCCGGUGUCCGCGACAUGAUCUUGCAUCGUUACGUGGUGUCCCGUGUCAUCUGGGCCUACAUGCUGUCUAUAGCAGUGACCUACAGCAUCACUCUGUGUCUGUUCCCCGGCCUGGAGUCAGAGAUACGAAACUCCACCUUAGGGGAAUGGCUCCCUAUCCUCAUCAUGGCCACAUUCAACAUGUCAGACUUUGUUGGCAAGAUCUUGGCUGCGCUGCCGUACGACUGGUCUGGAGGCCGACUACUCUUCUUCUCCUGCCUGAGGGUGAUCUUCAUCCCUCUGUUCGUCAUGUGCGUGUAUCCAGCCAGCAACCCCACCCUGUCCCACCCCGCCUGGCCUUGUCUCUUCUCCCUCCUCAUGGGAGUCACCAACGGGUACUUUGGGUCUGUGCCGAUGAUCCAGGCAGCUGGCAAAGUGCCUCCCGAACAGAGGGAGCUGGCAGGGAACACCAUGACCGUCUCCUACAUGACGGGUUUGAUGGUGGGCUCGACUGUGGCGUACGCAGCUUACAGCUUCACUGCACCGGGAUCAGGAACACAGUUUUCCACAGUCAACAUGCACACACCAGCCAACGGCACUGGGUAUUGAAUGUCCACACACAAGCAAACACAGAUAUAAACACACAUACAUGCACACACACACUUACAGCCAUUCACACACAUGAGAUCCUGGCCAGGAGAACCUGCACAGACUGAUGGACACAAGUCCAGCUGCAGAGGACGGGAAGACAUCUGGAAAGAACGCUUUAAAGCUUCAAGUUUUACUAUGAGAGACUGAUUCACGCUUCAGUUUGGUUCAGUGGAUAAAGGCAGUGGAAUAAGGGGGAAAAAAGGAUUUAGUAGUGGAGGAAAUGAUGUUAAACAGCAAAUACGUAGCAGAUUUCUCCACUGUCUCAAUCUCCGACCUGGCUGUCCAGUGACCUUCAGAUAUCUCGGCUCUGCUGUGAUGACCUUUUCCCUGGAGGUGAAGAACGGCAGCUCAGCGGGCAAACACAAGCCCUUUGAGUGUCUCACAGUGAAAUUAUCGUCAGCAUGUGUGUGCGAACAGAUGGGCUGGCAUUUGUACAGUGUAAUGUCAAGUGAUACUUCGCUGCAGGAGACGAAGGAGCCCUGGUGUCAUGGGUCACAUAUGUCCCAAUUCAUGAUUUAUCAGAACUGUGAUAUUCAGAAUAGAGAGAUGACGUCAGUGUGGAUUUUUCUGGACCAGCUGUUUCUUCGUUGUAGUCUCCUGUGAUGAAAAUAAGAUGAUGGAGAUUUUUGGACAGUAAGGUCCAACCACAAUGGUUUGAUUCAGGUAAAAUUAUUGAAAUGUGCAACAUUUAGCCUGCAUCAAAUGUAACCUAACGUGAUCUCCAUUCCAUUCACAGUAAAAUGGAAGCUAGAACUUGUUUAGCUCCUGUAAUGUGAUAUGAUUGCCAGUAUAAUGGAAGCCUGGGUAUAAUUAUGAGAAGAAUUUAAAGAAUUAGAAUUGCAACCUCUGACUACAAAUAUUGUUCUGCAAGCUGCUACAGACAGUUAAGUGUGGUUUAACACGAUGACCAAAUCACAUUUGAUUGGAUAAACAGGUGUAAUUGAAAAGAGGAAACCUGAUUUACAAAAGCUGAAAAUGAAAAGAAGUCAAGGGUCAACACGACAACACAAAAUUAGUAGUUCAAAAAUUUAUUUAUUUAUUUAUUUUAUUUUACUGUGCCUUAAAAGGAAUUACAUUCUUCCAUUAAUGACAUAACACACAUCAUGCAAGAGAAAAUCAAAAAUUAUAUAAUUGUUAUUGCAAUUUCAGAAAUCCAUCCUUUUUAGAGACAGCAGACACAUUAACCACACUUUUCCAUCUCCAUCUUGCUUGUCUAAUCUGAAUUGGAAAAUUUCAGUUGUACUCUUACCAGUUAGGUAACCCUUAUAUUGAACUAAAGAGACGUUAAACCUUUAUGAAGUUAUGGAUUCUCUGCAUUAGCAGCUGCUGCCCCCUGUUGUAUUCAGAUAUUGUAGCGCAAAAAAGAAGACAAGAAUAAGCAGGUUUCUUUUUCACAUCACUUCUCACACACUGGUAAGAGAAUGUUGGUGUGAAUUCACCAGAUGAGGUAAGCUGGUAAUGUCUGUGUCUUGCAGUUGUUUUUUUAUGGUUUGUAUUCCCUCUGUGUCCCCCUGAACAGUGUCUGUAACAUCUAUGUAAUGAUGUGGGACAUCAUGGAGAAACAAAUUAGUGCCAAAAAGUCUGAUCAGUGUUAGUAGCUGAGAAAAUAAUGAAUGUAAUUAAAAAUGUAACAGGAUGGAGGUUGUAAAUACACAGAGUGAAAUGCA